GUGCGUUCAAAAUGGCGGAUGCAUCAACCACGACAGCGAUCACAAAGACUUGUAAAUUUUUCCAGAGGAAAAAAGAGUGCAAGUUUGGAAAUGAGUGCCAAUUCCUACAUCCUGAAAAACCAUUAAACUUACCAGGAGUUAAUUUAACCGAGGUUAAAAAGCUUCAUGAUGUUCCAAAGCUUCUGUAUCCAUCCAAUCAGGAGAAAAACUCAGGUUUGCAAUCCUGUAGGUUCUUUAAGAGUAAGAGAGGAUGCGCGUUUGGAAAUAAAUGCCGCUUUUUACAUUUGGAUUUAAAGGUAUCCACUGAAUCCGAGAAAAUUGAGAAGGUUUCUGAACCCGAUAUAACUGAUCAGGGUGAAGAGAAGGUUACAGAUCAGCAUAAAGAGUCCUCAGCACAAAGAGUUGUUUGUAAAUUCUUUCCAAAAGAGAAGGGAUGCUUAAGAGGCAACAUGUGCCCCUUUGCACAUGUGACUACUUCUAUUGACAAGACCAAUAGGAAGCCUCUAGCUGGAAAAGUCUCUAGAAAGGCAGGCAAUCUGUCAAGUAACAAAAAACCUCAUUUGGGAAAGGACACACUUAAACCUUUCAUGGCUGUCAAACAGAUCACUGAACAGCCAGUAGAGUCAUAUAUUGCACGGCCAGAUAAUCAAAAUGAAGUUAUCAAGAAUAAGGUCAAAGCUCAAAUCCCAUUGUUGCCCAAUGAAGCUUUCAUUGCUGAAGACAAGGGGAUGGGUGUUAGUGAACAACCACAUGAUGAAUGUAAGAGACUGAGAUCAAUUGAGAUACAGCAACUUAAAAGACGAUUCAAAGACAAUUACUCUGAAAUCACAGAGAAUAGUUGUUACAAGAUCAAAGUUAAACCAACAGAUCCAGACUGGGCUUUUAAGAUUGAGGCAGUAUACCUUGAUGUAUCCUUCCCGGAGGAUUAUCCUCUGCAUAUUUUUGCAGCAUCUCUAUCCAAGGAACAAGUUCUUUCUGAAGAUGUUAUCAGGUUUGUAACUCUAAAAAUUCAGCAAUGGGCUGUGAAGCAAGAGCAAGCAAGUAUUGAUCAAGGACUUUUAAAGCUAUACUUUAGACCAUUUCUGCGCUGGUUUGACAGGAACCUGGAAUCUUUCAUUGUGGAUGCAGGAAGACAGGUGAAAGGAAGCUUUUCUUCAAGCAGCACAACUGAGUGUGAAGUAGCUGACAAUCCUUCGCAAGACAGUCUAUCAGCAACUGCAUCAACACCAGACUCAGGGAUGACAUUGGAAAGUGUUCCUGUGCCUGAAGAAAGCUAUGGCAAUCAGUCAAUUAAUGGAGAUAGAGAUCACUUGAACAGAACUAAAAGUCAAGAACCCUCUGAAAAUAUGAAGAAAACUGAUACAGAGCAUGGUGAUAUAAAGCAGGCCUUAUUGUGUCACCAAAUUGAAGCUAAAAAGUCCAUUGGACAUGAAGAAGAAAAUUGUACUAAUAGAACUUGUGACGCUAACAUUGGAUUUGGAAUAAUGCUGGAAAGCAAAAGCUUGAAGAAAACUGUUGACAUGGACAAUAAAUGUCUAACUUCAAGCAUGGAAGAUAUUAACCAUGGACAAAUGACAAACAAUGGAACUGAUCAAGACAAAGAGACAAGAAUUACCAAUGAAAAGGCCUCUGCUGUCAGGAGAGGAACAGAAAUUCAGUUUAGAGGACUUGAUCUAGAAGAGAAUGUGAGCACCCUGAUUGGAAAUAGGAUAGUUUUCACUUUAGAAUGCAACAGGUGUAGGCAGAGGAUUGACCAACAGUUACUUGGAUCAGGAUCUGUUUGUAUCAGAUGUAUCAGAUGUAUCAGAUGUGCUUCAGUCUUUGCUGUCACCUACAGACCAGCUGUUAUUCAUCAGUUUUCUUUGAUUUUAGGAUAUUUAGACUUGGAUGGCUGUGUUCCAUUUGAUGUGGUUCUACCAGAGAGUGAAUUGAAGAUAGGUUGUUUAAACUGUUCUAAAGAAACAACAGUGAAGGGACUGCAGUAUGGAGCCAACUGGAGCUGGUGUAGGCAUUGCCAUUCAAAGCUUGGAUUCCGCAUGCAGUCAACUCGCUUUCAAGAAUUACAGAAUGAUGCAACCCAAGCAGCCUCCCUUAAAAAAGGUAAAGAUUCAAAUACUUCCUCCAAGCCUAAAAGGCUAGCUCAGAACUCAGGAAUCAAGGAGGGUCAGCCAUUACCUGGUAAUGGAACGUGUAAACACUACAAGAAAAGUUACAGGUGGCUCAGGUUUCCUUGUUGUGGAAAAUGUUAUCCAUGUGACUUAUGUCAUGAAGAACAAGAAAGUCACGAAAUGAAAUAUGCCACGCGGAUGGUUUGUGGCUUUUGUUCCAAAGAACAACCAUACUCCCAGCGUCCUUGUAAUGGCUGUAAAUCGUCCGUGACCAAGCCACGUUCUACCCACUGGGAAGGGGGAAAAGGAUGUCGUGACAAGCUCACUAUGAGUAGAAACGAUGACCAAAAAUACAGUCAGCAGGGAAAAACAACGUCACGAAAGGCGCAGAAGCGGUCCGAAACGAAAGGAAAAGGAAAGGGAAACAAGGCGAAGUGACUCUCCAUGAGCCAUGUUAGAAUAUGUUGAAGAAGCGUGGAGGUGUCAUUAAGUGUAUUUGUUUUCAUUUCAACCAUCCACACAGAAUCUAGACGCUUUGUAAGAGUCGGAUGUAAUACUUAAGAAUACAUCCUAAAGUAAAAAGGUUUGGCUUGAAAUAUGUUUCAAGCUGAGAGAAAUAUUAAUUUAAAAAACCUGUUAUUCUGUUCAUGGUUUCUCGUGCAAUCGAAUACUUUUGAAUGGAUUAGCACAUUUUCUUUGAAAAGCCAUGCUCUUGGUGCAAAUGUAUAAACAUCAGCAUGCUUUCUUUCCUGAUUUCAAACUGUUCCGAAAAGUAGGAACUACAGCUGUAUUUCGUGUACUGAUGGUAACUCUGGCCGCAUGAUAUAGACUCGCUGUUGAAGUAGCCGAUGGAAAUUAUUUAUCAGUAAUUAUUUUAUCAAGCAUGAGAUACUACACCUGUAGUGUAUUGGUUACCUUUACAACAAGACAAAAUUUUUAUCAACAUUUGUGAAAUUAUAAUAUGACUGCUGAAUGACCUAAAAGUACAAUAAUCAAGUAAGAUGAUUUUACUUGGUUUAUAACA